AUGCCGAUUUUACCUAAGGAGGAAACGGAGGGUGUUCGUACCCGCAGUCAACGCCAGCAUGAGACGGACCAGAGAAGAUUUGGUGGUGCAACGCCGCAGACGUCGGAAGGCCAGCCUCCGGCAACGGAGGCCGGUUCGUCAGUAGCUCCUGCAUCUGCAGCACCUGAUUUAGGUGCUCUGAUGGCGAUGCUACAGGAGCAGCUGCAGCGCGGACGAGAGGAACAGGCCCGUCUGUUGAAAGAGCAGCAGGAAGAACAGGCUCGCCGACAGGAGGAACAGGUCGCUUGA